UCACGGUAAUUAAAUAUUCCCUCUGCGGGUACACGGGGACAGAGACGCGCACACGCUCAGCGUUAUCUCCCCUCGCGCCCUCUGCAGCGCCCACCAACAGGGCGCGUGCGUGUGCGCGCGUUCCCGCCGACAAGCUGGAACGUUACCGGUGGCAGCGGCACCGAAGCCGCGGCAAGUCUCCGGUGAGUAACGGGAGGCUCUACUCCGCGUGCGUCCGUGGAAACGUCUCUUCUUCUGGAAACAUGAAGCUGCACGAGCGCACCGACUGAACGGAAACAACCGCCGCCGAGACACGAAGCCCGGUACCGGAGGAGGAACAGCGCCGAGCCGAGCCGAGCCGAGCCGAGCCAAGCCUGACCGGAACCAGCCAAUCAAUACUCUGAUUAUCCAUCCGCGUCAGUGAUUUAACCCGCUGAUCCGUUAACAGGAGCCGAGGUGUCUGACAGGCUUUUAGGCUCCUCGUCAUCAUGGUGCCAUGGCCCCGUCCUUCGCUUCUCCUCCUCCUCCUCGUCCAAUCAGCUGAGUGCUCUGUCUCCUCUGAUAACACCACAGAUGAUCUUCAGGAGGUCACUCUAGCAGCCAUCUUGCCUCUGACUAACACAGACUAUGCAUGGGCGUGGCCUCGUGUGGCGCCAGCACUGCACAAGGCGAUGCAGCGGGUGAACUCGGAUCCAUCGCUGCUGCCGGGUCUGAAGCUCCAGCUGGUUCACCGCAACUCUGAGAACCGAUUUGGGUUCUGCUCAGACUCCAUGGCACCACUGGUCGCCGUCGACCUCAAGAUGUCACAUGACCCUUGGGCCUUCAUCGGGCCCGGCUGUGACUACUCUUCCUCGCCUGUCGCUCGCUUCACCACGCACUGGGAUGUUCCCAUGGUGACGGCCGGCGCCCGCGCCAUUGGCUUCAAGGUGCACAGGGCGGUCACCAACACAGGCCCCACCCACAAGAAGCUGGGUGAGUUUGGCGUCCGCAUCCAGGAGAAAUUCGAGUGGCAUCGACAAGCUGUGCUGGUGUUCAACGACAACAAAGACACCAACAAUGACCGCCCGUGUUACUUUGCCGUGGAGGGUCUGUACGACCUGCUGGGCAACCGUAACGUGACCAUCCACGACCUCCCGAUUGACGCCGAUAACGUGGACUACAAGGCAACAGUACAGGAGAUUCGCGACAACGGACGAGUGGUGUAUGUGUGCUGCCCCUGGGAGAUCUUCAGGACUCUGAUGGUCCACAUGUGGAAGGAGGCGGUGCCGUUGGAGGACUACGUCUUUUUCUUCAUUGAUCUGUUUGCGGAGGGUUUGGGUGGCAGCGGUCCGGUCCAGCCGUGGUUCCGAGGGGACGCGGACGACCACGCUGCCCGACUCGCCUUCAGGAGCGUGAAGGUGGUGACCUACCUGGAGCCUCAGAAUCCAGAAUAUCUUCAGUUUGUUGAAACUCUGAAGAAUGACGCAAAGAGAAUGUUCAACUUCACCAUCAAAGACUCUCUGUACAACCUGAUCGCCGGAGGUUUCUACGACGGAGUGAUGCUGUACUCUCAGGCUCUGAAUGAGACCCUGAGCCAGCAGAGACCAAGACCAGGACUAGGACCAGGACCAGGAGGUCAGGGGAAAGUUCAGAGGCCCCGAGGAGACGUUGUGACCCGCCGGAUGUGGAACAGGACAUUCCCAGGUGUGAUGGGGAUGGUGGAGAUGGACGAGUUCGGGGACAGACAGAUAGACUUCGCUGUGUGGGACAUGACGGAUGUCGACUCUGGAGAGUUUCAGGUGGUGUGUGUCUAUAACAGCAGCAUGAAGCAGCUGCUGAUGCAGGAAGGUCUGAGCUUCCAGUGGCCUGGAGGUUCUCCACCCACUGACAUCCCAGAAUGUGGCUUCAAGAACGAGAACCCAGCCUGCCACGCACGUACAGUUACAAUGCAUCAGAUGGUUUCCAUGGUGAUCUGCUUCGUGUUUGUCAUCAUUAUCACCAUCACCGUGUUCAUCUACAGGAAGUUGAAGCUGGAGAGCGAGCUGGCGGCUCAGUUGUGGAGAGUUUGUUGGGACGACGUCCAGAUGAGUAACCUGGAUAAAGUCCUGAGGAGAGCCUGCAGCAGACUCACCAUGUCUCUGAAAGGAUCCAACUACGGCUCCCUGAUGACCAUGGAGGGAAACUUCCAGAUCUACACCAAAACUGGAUACUACAAGGGAAACCUGGCAGCCAUCAAGUACAUCAACAAGAAGCGCAUCGAAUUGACCCGGAAGGUUCUAUUUGAACUGAAGCAUAUGCGAGAUGUUCAGAAUGAACACCUGACCCGCUUCAUCGGCGCCUGUUUGGACCCACCCAACAUGUGUGUCAUCACCGAAUACUGUCCAAGAGGCAGCCUUCAGGACUUAAUGGAAAGCGACAGCAUCACACUGGAUUGGAUGUUUAGAUACUCUCUCAUCAAUGAUAUCGUCAAGGGGAUGGCGUUCAUCCACAACAGUGUCAUCGUCUCCCACGGCAACCUGAAGUCAUCCAACUGUGUGGUGGACAGUCGCUUCGUGCUCAAAAUCACCGACUAUGGACUGCAGAGUCUGAGGACAAGCAGCUGUCCUGAAGACACACACGCCUACUACGCACGGAAGCUGUGGACAGCUCCAGAGCUGCUGAGGACAGACUGUCCUCCCCUUUGUGGGACUCAGCGGGGGGACGUCUACAGCUUCGGGGUGAUUCUGCAGGAGGUGGCUCUGCUCAGAGGAGUUUUCUACUUGGACUCCCAGUCCCUCAGUCCUAAAGAGAUCGUCCAGGCGGUGACUCAGGGUGGUGUCCCUCCUCUUCGUCCGUCUCUUUGUGUCCACAGUCACAGUGAGGAGCUUGGUAUCCUGAUGCAGCGCUGCUGGAGCGAAGAGCCGAGCGACAGACCAGACUUCAACACCAUCAAGAUCCUGCUGAGGAAGCAGCACAGAGGUUAUGGUUCCAACAUCCUGGAUAACCUUCUGUCUCGAAUGGAGCAGUACGCCAACAACUUGGAGGAGCUGGUGGAGGAAAGAACUCAGGCUUAUCAUGAAGAGAAACGCAAAGCUGAGGCUCUGCUGUACCAGAUACUACCACAUUCUGUAGCGGAGCAGCUGAAACGAGGUGAGACGGUUCAGGCCGAAGCGUUCGACUCCGUCACUAUCUACUUCAGCGACAUCGUCGGCUUCACCGCAAUGUCUGCUGAAAGCACACCGCUGCAGGUUGUGACCCUGUUAAACGAUCUGUACACCUGCUUCGAUGCCAUCAUUGACAACUUUGAUGUUUACAAGGUGGAGACGAUCGGCGACGCCUACAUGGUGGUGUCCGGUCUGCCGGUCAGGAAUGGGAAGCUUCAUGGGCGGGAAGUCGCCCGGAUGUCGCUCGCCCUGCUGGACGCUGUCAAGAGCUUCAGGAUGCGACACCGAGCUGAACAGAAACUCCGGCUGCGUAUCGGCAUCCACAGUGGUCCAGUGUGUGCCGGUGUGGUCGGGUUGAAGAUGCCCAGGUACUGUCUUUUUGGAGACACAGUCAACACAGCGUCACGCAUGGAGUCCACUGGAGAGGCUCUAAAGAUUCAUGUGUCAGAGGCAACUCGUCAGGUUCUGCAGGAGUUCAGUUGCUUCCAGCUGCAGCUCAGAGGAGAGAUUGAGGUGAAGGGAAAAGGACGCAUGAGGACGUACUGGCUGCUGGGAGAGAAUAACAGCAACUGAUGGAUGUUUGAUGGACUGAUGGAGGUUUGAUGGAGGACUGAUGGAUUGAUGGAGGCCCUUCUUCCCUCUGAUUGGAUGUUACCUGUGACAUCAUUUAAAGUGGCAGUACACUGACUGAACUCCACUAAAAACAAACUGACAGAAGAAUGUUUCACUGUAAGAUAAAUUACCUGAAAAAAGUAGCGUAAAUAAAUAAAUGAAGUGUG